AUGGCGGAGGGGGGCUCUGCCGAGGGGGAGCUGGAGCCGCUGCGGCUGCGGCGGUUGCGGGGCGAGGGCUUCUUCGAGGUGCCGGCGGCCGACCGGCUGGGAAGAUGCCGGAGCGUGAAGGAGUUUGAGAAGCUGAAUCGGAUCGGAGAGGGCACCUAUGGCAUAGUGUACCGGGCUCGGGACACCCUGACGGACGAGACCGUGGCAUUGAAGAAGGUGCGGAUGGACAAUGAGAAAGAUGGAAUGCCCAUCAGCAGCCUGCGGGAGAUCACCCUGCUCCUGCAGCUUCGGCACCCCAACAUCGUGGAGCUGAAGGAGGUGGUUGUAGGGAACCAUCUGGAGAGUAUUUUCCUGGUGAUGGGCUACUGCGAGCAGGACCUAGCCAGCCUUCUCGAGAACAUGCAGACGCCUUUUUCAGAGGCUCAGGUGAAGUGCAUCGUCCUGCAAGUCCUCAAGGGCCUGCAGUACCUUCACGAGAACUACAUCAUCCACAGAGAUCUGAAGGUGUCCAACCUGCUCAUGACUGACAAAGGCUGCGUGAAGAUAGCCGAUUUUGGACUGGCACGCACCUACGGGAUGCCGCCGGAGCCGAUGACCCCCAAAGUCGUCACGCUUUGGUACCGAGCGCCCGAGCUGCUGCUGGGAAUGACGACCCAGACCACCAGCAUCGACAUGUGGGCUGUGGGCUGCAUCCUCGCCGAGCUGCUGGCCCACAAGCCACUGCUGCCGGGCACCUCCGAGAUCCACCAGAUCGACCUCAUCGUGCAGCUCCUGGGGACGCCCAACGAAAACAUCUGGCCGGGUUUCUCCAAGCUGCCCCUGGUGAGUCAGUACACCCUGCGGAAGCAACCCUACAACAACCUCAAGCACAAGUUCCCCUGGCUGUCGGAGGCCGGGCUGCGGCUGCUCAACUUCCUCUUCAUGUACGAUCCCAAGAAGCGGGCGACAGCGAAAGACUGCCUGGAGAGCUCCUACUUCAAGGAGAAGCCCCUGCCCUGCGAGCCGGAGCUCAUGCCUACCUUCCCCCACCACCGCAACAAACGGGCCGCCGCCGCCAGCGCGGGGACGGAGAGCCAGGCAAAGCGCGGCAAGCCCUGACCCCCCCGGGAGGAGACACGGCACACGCCAGCCGGGAUGGCUUUCCUCAGCGGAACAGCACCAGCGCCGCGGGCUCCAUCCCUUCCCGGGACGGCUCCCGAAUUCAAUUCCCCUCCCCGUACCGGUGCGGGGAUGGCCCGGCUACAGCGGGGGAGCGCUGCGACCCAACCUUCUGUACACAUCUCCUGCCCCGGAGCUGGGCGGGUUCCAGUCUGCGGCUGGGCGAAUGCAGCACCGGGAGCAGGAGCGAGGAGAGACGGGGCUCAGCCGGGGUGCUGGCGGAGCCAGCCCUGUCCCGCAGGGUGCUGGUUGCGUGGGGUAACCCCGACUUUGCCAUCAAUAAAAAGCAGCU